AUGUCAUUCCGCAAGACCGCAACGCAGUCGCAAGCGUCCGCGCUGAAGACCUCCAAGGGAGCCACGACUCCACCUCUCAUCUCUCCCGAUCCGAAGUCCGAAGAACAAGUUCCUGUUCCCCUAGAGAAAUUAAGCAGUCUCUCCAUGCACAUCUGCGACCUGCAAAAUGAAGUCAACACUCUCAUCCAAACGAAAAUACAACAGGCUGCAACAAUCGCUGAACAAGAGACCCGAAUAUCCAAUUUAGAGCUCGCCUUGGCACAUUCAAAUGAGCUCCUCCAUGAGACCAGAUCUAGAAUCGAAGAGCAAGAGGAAAUGCUUCGAAGAGAGGUGAGAGAAAGUUUGUUGGGUGAAACUGAGAGGCAGGAGCAAAAGCUCGAGAGGUUUGACAAGGAGGCGAGGAUACAGGAGAGGGAGAAGUGGUACCGAGCGAGCCAUGCAACUUUUCAAGAGGGGCCGGUGUCGGAUUCAGCAGCAGCGAGGACAGCGAAUUCAGAGACAGCAGAUAAGGAAAGCCAGCCAUUCGCGAAUUCUCUUAGCUCCGGAACAGGCUCUGCUACCUUGUGCUCCAGGACUGAGGAGGUCGGUUGGAACGAGAGCGUUCGAGACCCUACUGUCGAUAUUCGUGAUGACGUUGAAGGCCAGGUCAACCCGCCAGUAUAUUGGAAACAGGACCUGGCUCCCAUCCUGCCCGUUGAGCGAGCGCCCACAGAGCCCCCGAAGAGAAGCGGCAAUCUGGGAAUUAAAUAUGGUUGGAAGGAAAUGAAGCGUAGCGCGGCUGGUCCAGAGAGUCCAAUGACCGGAAUACCAUACGCGACGACGGAAGUCAAUGGCGGUAGCGAGGUCCAUCUGAAGCCAGUGUCAUCAUGUCGGAAGCUAAAGCUGGGUAAAGGAUUCCUUAAAAAGCCCAUGACGUUCAACUGA